CGGAUGUACACUUACACGUAAAUUCACGCCUCAUGUCCACAAUGACAACCUCCUCGCCGUUCCUCUGCGGAGUAGUCGAAGGUUUCUACGGUCGGCCUUGGACGUCCGGUCAACGCAAGACUCUAUUUCGGAGACUUCAGCAAUGGGGCAUGAACUCCUACAUGUAUGCACCAAAAGAUGAUCACAAACAUCGUGCAGGCUGGAGAGAACUUUACACGGCAUCUGAAGCUGGCGAUCUCAAGGAUCUCAUAUUCAGCUCCCAGAGUCAUGAUGUAAACUUUAUAUACGCAUUAUCUCCAGGGCUGGACAUGAUCUUGUCAGGCGAGAAAGAAAUGGCAUUGCUGAAAAGCAAAAUGGACCAGGUGAGGCAAAUGGGUUGCAAGUCAUUUGCCCUUCUGUUUGACGACAUCGAAGAGGAACUGUCACCAGCCGAUAAACGAUCGUUUACGUCGUUUGCUGAAGCUCAAGUUCAUGUUACCAACUUGAUAUACGAACAUUUAGGACAACCAGAGAUCUUCUUGUUUUGUCCUACAGAAUACUGUUCGUCAAGAGCUGAUCCCUCUGUUGCUAAGUCUCAGUAUCUCUUGACUCUGGGUGAGAAACUUCAUCCUGCAAUUAACAUUUUCUGGACAGGUCCUCGGGUUAUUUCAAAGGUGAUUUCUACAGAGUCAAUUGGUCAGGUGAUGGCAUCACUCAAGCGUCAACCAGUUAUCUGGGACAACAUCCAUGCAAACGAUUACGACCAACGACGAUUGUUUUUAGGUCCAUACGACAGUCGAUCGACUGAGUUAUAUCCAAUGCUGAAUGGAAUACUCACCAACCCAAACUGUGAAUUUGAACCUAAUUUCAUUGCCAUACACACGCUGGCAUCUUGGUUUCACUGUGCACAGGCGAAACAUAGGAAGGGGAAUCAUCUCUCCGUGAAGGCAAAAAUAGAGCCCAUGGAUGCGGAACCAGAACAGGGACAAGAACAAGAACGAUCGUCACCCCAUGAAGAAGUGAUGCAAGCUGAAAGUAAAGAAGAGAGUGGGGAAGAGAAGUUGAAUGAUGAUGGGUCAGAUGCCGGGGACGCUGUAGUUGAAGACGCUGUAGUUGAAGACGUUUCGUGUGCAGAUAGACACGACUCUGGGACCGAGUCUGGCAUGGAGAUCGAGCCUACGAACAGCGCUGAAGUACAAAACUUUGAUGCCAACGAAGAGUAUGAUCUGCAGAUGUCGCUGAAGAAGGCGGUAAGAGCAUGGUUGACUGAAUUUGCUAAGCCCAUCUCUGCAGCAGGCAUUCAACCAAAGGUGGUGUCAGCAGCUGCCGUUGCUGAAGUCCAGAAGGAGAUCAAGGGAGGGGAAAUAGGAGAGAAAAAUGAGGACAGCAUCGAGCCUCGUGACAAGGACGAGAGUUCUCCCAAACGGCACAGACAGCAGGAUGUUAGGAAGAUGAAAACACAGAUGACAGAGGAGGACGUGGCGCUGCUCGUCGACUUGUUCUAUUUACCUCAUCAGCACGGCCCACGAGCAGUCGAGCUCAUGAAGGAAUUUCACUGGUUGAAGAAACAUGCGAACAUAUCACGAGGACAAGGAACUCAAGAAGAACCAGAGAUGAGAGAAGAUCCGUCUCACGAUGUAAAAAUGGUCUCUGCUGGUGAGAACAGCAGCGACACAGAAGCCAGUGAAAUGGAAGAUGACUCAGUCGGUGGCAUUGUUCAAUCGAGACACUGGAUGGCUCGAGCUAAUGCGUUUCGUCACAACUGUAAGCGGAUAUCUCACAUGUUUGUUCAACUGACAGACAUUCCCAAUCGAGCACUACUGUAUGAUCUCUACCCGUAUAUCUGGGAUGUGAAGGAAGUGGUCAUGCUACUAGACGCAUACAUUGCCUGGCUAGAGGCCGGCUGUAAGAAGAAAGGCAAGCAAAUCAGCUUUUUGCCAGAAGACAUGGAACCGUGGAUUUUCAGGGGUGGAAUUGCUGCUGAAAUGCAGAGAUUGCUACCAUCGUGUGAUGGACCUGAAGGGUUGUUUUCGUCUGAUAUUGCUCCAGCGGAGCCAUCGUCGAGAGUAUUUACGGUGCGGCCGUACAGACGAGAGGAUGAGGCCUUAACAUACAAAGUGUGUCUGCUAACCGGAGAUGCCGGCACAGAUGGAACUCAUCUCUAUCCACACUACCCAGAUUUAUUGGGCAAAAGAUAUGUAGGGCCAUACAUUCAUUUAUGUCCUGAUUUUGCAUUUGUCGUGGAGGACGAGGAAGGCGUUUGUGGCUACAUACUAGGAGCUCUUGACUCGCGAUUGUUUUAUGAGCAAUAUACGAAAGAAUGGCUACCGAAGCUCCUGAGCGAGCACAAACUACCGAAGAAGAACAAGGAGGACUUCACUGCUGAAGACAGUUUGGUCUAUGAUAUACACACGGAGGAACUGUUUUUACCAGACGAACUUUACAAUCAGUAUCCUUCUCAUUUGCAUAUUGAUUUGAUACCGAGAGCUCAGGGCCUCGGUGUCGGAAAGCGGAUGGUGCAAGGCUUGCUGUCUGCACUAAAAACACAAGGGUCUACCGGCGUCUUUCUCGAGAUGGCUCCAAAGAAUGAUGCCGCGCGACGGUUUUAUUAUAAGCUCGGCUUUCACGAGCCUCUAUUGAAAGAGGGAACGAUAGUGCCGGACGAUACUGCCAUUUUGGCUCGAAAAUUAUAGAAUUGGUUAAUGGGUUGUAAAUGAAGAAGGCACAGGGUUUUGGUUCUUCUGAUUGGAAGUGUCCUAAAGAGAGAGAUAUGAAUUUGACCUUUCGGUUGAGAUUGUUGAACUAUACUAUCAUUUGUAGCCUUGUGUUAAGGUCUGGAUAUGGAAGAUCAGAGCUGUAUAGAGACUAGCCUGUGUGGCCAGACUUGUCUGUUUUGACUUUCUUGUCUUUUUCUUUUUUAGACAGAUAGGUAGAUAUCAGAGUGAGGAAUCCUAGUGUUAGGUUCCUUGCUCUAACAAACUUCCUCAAGCUCUGUCAUUACUCCAGUCCCAAAACACUGUACUCACUUGAUUAUUACCUUUCCUCCGAUGGGUUAGCCAGAGGUAAAGCAAGGGAUGAGAUCUUUCUCAAGAUUGACACGUAAAGUUGUUAAUU